AUGGAUUUCAGGACUGCAUGUGAAGAGUCAAAGACAGGGAUUUGUUUGCUACAGGAUGGUAAUCAGGAGCCUUUCAAAGUGCGGCUGCACUUAGCCAAAGAUAUUUUGACAAUUCAAGAACAAGAUGUCAUCUGUGUGUCUGGCGAACCAUUUUAUUCUGGAGAAAGAACUGUAACAAUUAGAAGACAAACUGUAGGAGGAUUUGGAUUAAGUAUAAAGGGAGGAGCAGAGCACAAUAUUCCUGUGGUUGUUUCUAAAAUUUCCAAAGAACAACGGGCGGAACUCUCAGGCCUACUGUUCAUAGGAGAUGCAAUUCUACAGAUUAAUGGAAUUAAUGUAAGAAAAUGCAGGCAUGAAGAAGUGGUCCAAGUUCUUCGAAAUGCUGGAGAAGAAGUGACCCUAACUGUGUCCUUUCUCAAAAGAGCGCCUGCAUUUCUGAAACUGCCCCUUAAUGAAGAUUGUGCAUGUAUUCCUAGUGAUCAAAGCAGUGGCACAUCAUCACCUCUGUGUGACAGUGGUUUACAUCUUAACUAUCAUCCCAAUAAUACGGAUACACUCUCGUGUUCUUCAUGGCCUACAUCUCCAGGUCUUAGGUGGGAGAAAAGGUGGUGUGACCUCCGAUUAAUUCCUCUUCUUCAUUCAAGAUUCUCUCAGUAUCUCCCAGGAUCAGAUAUGUGCAGGCAAAAUGCAUUCCAAGUAGUUGCUGUGGAUGGCAUUUGCAGUGGAAUAAUUCAGUGUCUCUCUGCUGAAGACUGUAUCGACUGGCUGCAAGCAAUAGCGAUUAAUAUCUCCAACCUCACAAAGCACAAUAUUAAAAAAAUCAACAGGAAUUUUCCCGUAAACCAGCAGAUAGUCUACAUGGGCUGGACAGAGGAACGGGAACAAGAUUCUCUUCAGGACCGAAUGUACACACCAAAGUUUCUUGCACUGAGGGGUUCUUCACUUUAUAAAUUUAUAGCACCUCCAGUCACAACAUGGGACUGGACCCGAGCUGAAAGAACAUUUUCUGUAUAUGAGAUCAUGUACAAAAUAUUCAAGGACAGUGAUAUACUGGAUCGGCGAAAACACUGCUUUGGAGUGCAGUCUGAAAUGGGAGAGGAUCUCUACUUUUCUGUGGAAUUAGAAUGUGAUCUCCUACUAUGGGAAAAGGCCUUCCAAUCAGCAACUUUUUUAGAAGUGGAGAGAAUACAGUGUAAGACAUAUGCCUGUGUUCUGGAGAGUCAUCUUAUGGGGCUUACCAUAGACUUUGGCAUGGGCUUUGUAUGCUUUGAUGCUGCAACAAAGGCUGUACUAUGGAGGUACAAGUUUUCCCAGCUUAAAGGGUCUUCAGAUGAUGGCAAGAGCAAAAUCAAAUUUCUAUUCCAAAAUCCAGAUACUAAGCAAAUUGAAGCAAAGGAGUUGGAAUUUUCAAAUUUAUUUGCAGUUCUGCAUUGCAUCCACUCAUUCUUUGCAGCCAAAGUGGCAUGUUUGGACCCACUCUAUGUUGGCAGUCAAGCCACAACGGCCACUACUUCUGCUUCUGUUGCUUCUGCUGCUGCUGCUACUACUGCGACAUCAUCUGGCAGUUGCAAAUUAAAAUAUAUGACUUGAUAACUCCCAGUCCGGCACUUCUAUCCUUCCACAAGUAUGUAAGACUGCUGUAUAAAUAUUUAUCAGCCUAUUCCUUGGAGAA